UGUGUGUGCGUUACGUUAUUAUUUGUGUUACUUUUAUUACUGUGGCUGCAAGGAUACACUUUAAAUGGAUUUCGUUUCGUGAUGCAUCACACAUUUCGUGUUUGAUAAAAUAUUUCACCACACAAAAUAAAUACAAAAGAAAAAAUUAAGUGCUUUUUUUAUAAAGUGAGUGCAUAUUUUUGACUGUCAAGUGUAUACCCAGUGAUUAAAUCGACAGUUUAUGUUAUAAAAUGUUCGUGGUAUCAAAGUGACAGCUGUCAAAUUAGAUAAAUAUAAUAAAUUUCUGCUCCAAUUGACAGAUUUUUGUUUGUUUUUUUUUCGUGUUCACAUUCACGGUUAAGGUUAUAUAAUUUUCGACAAACAAAAUGGACGUCAAACCACCAAUGACGGAACUACAAAAGCAAACAUUUCAACAUAUUUUCGAAAAAAUCGUCGCUAAUAAUAAUAAAUUCCCACCGAAGGAAAUUGAGAAUUUUCGUAGUUUGCUGGAAAAUGUUCGUGAUACUAAACAUUUUCAACUGAUUGUGGAGAAAUUUAAGGCGUUGGAACAAUUUGAGAAUAAUAUACUUGGGAGUAAUAAUUCAAUUGGAGAUGCUGAUAUCAAGGACACUAGCCGAAAGUUGGGAUCCGCUGGACAAACGCUAACACCACGUCACACGAUCGACGCCAUUUUGGGAUUAAAAAAUCGUGCUGAAAACGGUGGUGGAAUAAAUGGUGAUCUAAAUGACGAUGCCACUGACUUACGUUAUGGAUUGCCUUUGGCCCACAUUCGUGGCAUUGAUAACCAAUUACUUUCAUUGAACACCUCCCCCCAACUGCCAUCACACAAAGCCUGUGUCGGUGGUGCUAAUGCCAGUGGCGCCUAUGGCAUUCAUCACCAUCAACAGUCUCAUCACCAACAACAUCAGCAACAGCAGCAACAACAACAACAAAAUCAUCAUUCCCAUCAUCACCAUUUGCAUGGUAAUCAUCUGAGUUACUCGGCACAUUUCCGCAGUUCCGUAGACAAUGGAUCACCUAAUUCAUUGUCCCAGCAACACCAGCAAUACCUUUCGGCAGCGGCCGCGCAAGAACACCAACAUCAGCAGCAAUCGAUGAUGGUGGGACAUAUUCUGCAUCGCCAACAGCAGCAACAACAGCAACAACUACCCAGCCCUUCGGAUAGGGAUUACACAAGUCCGUCAAUAGUAGCCAGCAUGGCCCUAAUUCAACAGCACCAACAUCACGAGGCUAAUAAUGCGUCAUCGGGAAUUGGAAGUAAUGUCGGCUUUGGCAAUCAAAAUCACAUUUUGCAUGAGAAAACUUCGAAAUCAUCUAAUCACUACUUUGAGGAUAAUUCAGGACUUGGUGAGGCAAUCGGUGGUGGCGGUGGCUCGGGAGAAACUACUGAAGGUGAUUACGCCGACGAAUCAAUGUCGGCAAACGGUGAUAACAAGGAGAAUGGCUCAUCGGCAGCCAUUGAUGUGACAACACCAUCUCCUCCGCUAAGUAUUGGCGGUGGCGCUGGCGGAGAAUCAGGACUAAAAAGAAAAUCAUCAUCGUCGCCAGCGUCCUACGAUGAUUUGGAUGAGAAUAAUGAGACGAUGGCUCACAACAGUAAACUGUUGAAUGGAAAUGAUGACCAGGUUACUGGUAAUGACCCGUCCACAAUGGCAGAUUGCUCAAAACUUGGCCCCAAUUAUGGUGAAUAUAUAAGAGCGAGAAGUUUUGAUGAGAUGCAACAACAGCAACAACAUCAAUUACAUCAUAGUGGUGGCGGCGCUAGUGACGCUCAUCAAUCUCCACCACCUCUUAUGCACCAGCAUCAUCUUCAACACCAGCAACAACAACAGCAGCAACAGCGACAAUUGGAUGAGUUUCGUUCGGCGGGAAUUAUACCAGAACAACCGGACAGACUGAAUGACAAUGACAGUGUUGUCAAUGGCAGUUGUGCUUCUAGCGAGGACUUGAACCAGACGAAUUCUAGUGAACAGGGUGAGAAGAUCACAUCGGGAAGUGAUGAUGAGGCUCAAGAUGACUCCUGUUCGAAGAAGAAACAUCGUAGAAAUCGAACGACAUUUACCACCUAUCAGCUGCAUGAAUUGGAACGAGCGUUCGAAAAGUCCCACUACCCUGACGUGUACUCUCGCGAGGAAUUAGCUAUGAAAGUGAAUCUCCCAGAAGUUCGAGUGCAGGUAUGGUUUCAAAAUCGUCGAGCAAAAUGGCGCCGCCAAGAGAAGUCCGAAAGUCUCCGUCUUGGCCUUACACAUUUCUCCCAACUACCCCAUCGUCUAUCGUGCAACAGUUCCGGUAUGCCAGUCGAUCCCUGGCUAUCACCUCCGCUCCUCUCAGCGCUGCCAGGUUUUCUUUCACACCCGCAGACUGUCUAUCCAAGCUAUUUAACUCCGCCCCUUAGUUUGGCCCCCUCCAACCUGACCAUGGGUAGCUUGGCAGCCAUGUCCCAUCACCACCAUCACCAUCAUCACCAUCCACAUCCGGGUGGCCCGAUUCAGCCACCUCCACCGCCGCCGCCAUCAGGAAUUCCAAUGGGAUCAAAUUCUAGCGGCCUUUCAUCACAACAACAACCACCACAAGGAUUACGUAUUUCGCCACAAACUUUGGUCACAAUGCCACCGCAAAUGAGUUCGUCCAGUCUGCGAAUGCCGUCGUCGCCACCGCAAAUGGCAUCCAUGGUCAAUGGUGGAACAUCAUCUUCUUCUAACAACAAUAACAAUGGUCCACCGCAAAAUCUCUCAAUGUCAUCGAGGAGUUCUCCCCAUUUACUUGCCUCGGCAGCCGCAAGUGGUUCGCCGCAUUCACAGAUAAUGCUCCAACCGGGUUCGAGUGGCUCCUUGCCACCUUUAGCCCAGUCUCCAUCAUCACACAGCAAUAUUACUAUGACGCCUUCACCACAAAAUCUCUCCACAUCCUCGCUUUCGAUGAGUAGUCCAGGAAGUGCAACGGGCAAGAUGUUGAAAAUAGAUCCUUGCGGAGACGAUGCCGAUGCCAGUGGUGGCAAUUCGGUAGACAUUCGUUCGAACUCAAUAGCUACGCUCCGAAUCAAAGCCAAGGAACACUUGGAGAGCAUAAACAAAGGACUCGCAAUAGUGUAAUAGUUUUAGGAUAUACGUUUAAUUUGUAUUUAUAUAAGCAAAUGCACUCUCUCCUUUUUAAAAACAAUAAAAAAUGUAUACGUAUUUUAUUUUUUAUUUUUUAUUUGAGUAUGAGUGUGAGCAAAAAUAAUAUAUCACUUAAA